CCCCUGUCCACCCUAGUUAUUGGGUCCUAAUUUUUCUCCACCCCCAGACCUAGGCACUGUAGCACUGUCCAUACGCCUUUGCUACAUGCUGCAAUCCUGCAACAAGUUUAAGCCGACUUUCACGAGUUUACGUACGGCUUUAGUUCUUACGACUUUUAGGACAUCUCUCCAAUCCUCCUCACUACCAACUAAACCAACUCCUAACUUUGCUUGAUUGACAUCACGAGAUACUUCCUUUUUCUUUUCGGCGAGGCUUCUUACCUUUUUCUAUUUUUUAUUUUUACUUGGAUUAAUCUACAAUUUACUUAUACAUUUUUGGGUCCAUCAUCCAACCUUACGCACGAGCCCCUUCGCCUUGUUACGAGAGAUUUCAACUUAAGGAGAGAGUCAAAGAGUCGCCACGCAAAACUCGCAUCAAAAUCACACAAACGUCAACUUCAACAGUAACAAGUCAUGCCUACUCCGUCUAGCAAUCCGCCCCCCGAGCUCCCUUCGAGAACACAUAGUUCGUCAUGUCCCGACCCCGAAAGUUGGCGAUCAAAUCAAGAUGAUGGACUCGAGAUGAAUAUCGAUAGUCCAGAAACAUCAUCAUCCCCUGAACCCGUCAGCGCACCAAUCCAAGACAAUAUUCAACACGAUACUUCAGACUCGCGAUCCGCCACGGAAUCCCCCGGGCCGGAUUUAAUGAGUCGCGCCGCACACUCUCCUGACCGCUCCGACACCCUAUCCCAGACCACAUCAGCGCAUAAGCCCACCGAUGCAGACCACGAUGCAUCAGCUAGAAGUGACACAGAUGCGCCAUCAGGGCUGCAACGAUCGAGCGGUAAUUACGACAUUGUAACUUCCAUCGGCGCAGACGGCGAGAAAUUAGAAUACGGAGUAAUGCCCGGCCGGUUGCAACCGGGAGACGCUUAUGCGCCUUCGAUGGGAUACGACCAUUCCAACAUUCGAAUAAUACCGACAUCUCCCUCGUCCUUCCUACGGCCGGGUAGUAAAUUCCACGGCACACAACAAUCGGAACGGCAAGUAUACGACGUGCAAGUCGAAAUAAAAUAUGUCGACUUGAGGGAGUCGUUCCUCUGCGGGUUUCUCAGGAUCCAGGGCCUAACUGCGGAUAACCCGACGUUGACGACGUAUUUCGAGGGCGAGAUCAUCGGCAGCAAGUACGAAUUUAUCACAAAGCACGCGGGCUGGGGUGCAACGGAUAAAAUCGAUCUGAGCCACUGGAGCAAAUUCACAGCAUUCCGACAAUACGCUAAACAAGUGCGCAAGGGACCCGUUACCAUUCCGAACUUGGCUCAGCGAGAGAACAUUUUCAUGCGCUGGAAAGAACACUUCCUCGUUCCCGACCAUCGUGUCCGCACUAUUAAUGGAGCUAGCUUCGAGGGCUUCUAUUAUAUCUGCUUCAACCAGAAGGAAGGAAGCAUUAGUGGUAUAUAUUUCCACUCCAAGAGCGAGAAAUUCCAGCAGCUGGAGCUUAAGCACGUAGAGGACAGGGGGUGCUUCGGCGCCGUGGAAUUUCGAUAGCCGUAUACGGUUUUUCGUACGGGAUGAACGAUAAGAAGAUGCCCGACAUGUGGACGUCAGAAUAGCGUAUAGCAACGACCACUCACUCGAAUAGUAGUAGUAAGUAAUAUUUGGCAGGCGAAGGAAAUCAUACGGGAUGGUGUAAACUGGCAUCUCAAUUUCUGCAACGCAAAUGGGGAGGAGUACGGAACUCGACACCGAGCAUAGUCCAGCGCAGCGGUCUGGGUUUUGGUCUCUUUUAGGGAGGUAUCACAUCACGUUCACGACAGACGGGAUUGCUGCGGCAUUUCACAUGUUCGCGGCAAGGGGGUAU